AUGCAUAAGAACACAAGACAAUUUUGCGCGGCGAUUCGUAGUGGCCGGGCACACGACGGGAAUUAUGACGAGCGUGGGUCAAGCAUACGAAAGGUUAAUCAAGAAAUCCGAGAAUGGACACUAAUAGCCACAAAAUCUGAUGCUGAGGUGAAGUUGGCCUGGAAGAAAAUGAAGCUUUCAGCGAAAGCCAACUUAUCUACGCACAAACAACAGCUGAUAAGCACAGGUGAAGAACCAAAAUUACCAUCUCAAAUAGUGCUAGUGUCUUCUUACAUAUAA